UCUUAUGGUAUUUUCGAUUCUUGUGAAAUAUCUUCAUACGUUGCAAUUUAUGAUAUUAUUUUGGUCAAAUUUCUCUUUUUGAAAGCGACAUGAAUCCUUGGGGCUAUUCAUUUCUUUCGCAAAGAUGUAUAUGAAUGGAAAUUAUGAAGACAGGAAAUUUAAUUGGAAAAGCGUUGAAAAUAUUAUCAUGUAUUGUAUUCAUGUAUAUAUUUUCAAUGAGUUUAACGUUUUACAACAAAUGGAUUAUGAAGAAACUUCAUUUUCCUCUGACGCUGUCUAUGGUUCAUUACAGUGUUGUGUUCGUGGUUGUCGCAUUAAUAAGAAAAAUUUGGGAAAUACGAACUAACAAGAAACGUAUUAUGUUAAAAUGGUCUGUCUAUCUUGUAAGAGUUACUCCUACAGCAAUAGCUACAGCAUUAGACAUUGGUUUUUCUAACUGGAGUUUGAUGUUCAUAACUGUUUCCUUGUACACAAUGUGCAAAACUACAGCAAUUAUAUUCAUAUUAAUUUUCUCCAUUCUAUUUGGGUUAGAAAAAUUUCAUUGUCAAUUACUUGCUAUUGUUUUUCUGAUUUCUGGAGGCCUAUUCAUGUUUACAUACGAAUCAACACAAUUCAAUUUUAAAGGUUUUCUCUUGGUAAUGACAGCAAGUUCAAUGAGCGGGAUUCGGUGGGCAACUACGCAACUGUUGCUACAAAAAGAAAGUCUUGGUCUAUCUAAUCCAUUUGAUACUGUUUAUCAUCUCCAACCUUUGAUGACUUUAUCAACUCUUCCCUUAGCCAUUGGAAUUGAAGGUCUACAACUGGCCGUGUCCUUACAAACAUUUCGUGCUCCAUCAACUCAUGUAAUGUUUGAGACGGCUUGUUUUGUACUGUUUGGUUCUUUUUUGGCCUUCAUGCUUACAAUGUCUGAAUAUUUAUUAUUGGCAAAUACGUCUGGUAUAACUUUGGCAAUAGCUGGAAUAUUUAAGGAACUAUGUACUAUAGUACUAGCUACGGAGUUAGUUGGAGAUGAAAUGAAUGGAGUGAAAUUUGGAGGACUUGUCAUUUGUCUUCUUGGUAUUUCAUUUCAUGUCUACUUGAAAGCAUCAAAAUUUGAUGAUAAUGAAGAUGAACACAAUCAGUUGUAUGAUGAAGAAGAAAGAGAGCAGAUGUUAAACAAUUCAUCUUUGGAUUAGUAUUAUCAUAAGAAUGAUUGCCCGUUAUUAAAGAGAUACUUAAACACCACCAAAGAUUGGAUUGAAAUAUCUUUGAUGAAUGUAAAUUAUACAGGUAACUAAUAUAAAUUAUUCUUUAUUUGGAAUGAAGCUAUUUUUGAUUGGUAAAUAAUUAAAAACAAAGUUUAUAUCAAACAAGAAUCAAAUUAUAGUAUAUCAACUGUAAAGUUGAAA